AACGUUAGCUCAUCAUUUAUAGUGAAGCAUCGGAGCUUAUAAAAGCAAGAUGGCUACCGAGCUCAUCAGCGUUCUGCAGUUAGCCGUUAACAAAACACCCAUAUGUUAAGAAGUCAGACUCAGUGCAGUUUUUAGAUUAUUGGAUUUGGUCUGAAACUAAGUGUUCGUGCUCACCUCUACUGUGCGUAUAGUUUUAUUACAAUUGAUGCUAAAAUACCGAAAAAGACACUGAAGUUGGCUUCAGUUUGAUUACUGUUUUUAAGGACUUCGUUCUAUUUCAAAAAAUAAAAUACUUUGACUCAUCCGUCUUGGACAAUGUUAUUGGAAUGUAUCUGGUUUUUCUUUAUUACAGUGUUUAUGUUUUAGGUUCUGAACUACACCCUAAGGCCAGCUUUCUUAAAACCUGUGAAACUGUCCUUAUACGUAAUCAACCGGACGCCAACUUCAGCCUCGCGAGCAGGAACAUAGUGUUCAGCUGCUGAAUUUCAUGCACGAAAAAUACUGAAGCUUUAAUCCAAUCUAUGAUGAAGUCAGGCUGUGGAUUUAUAUAACAAACGUGCAUCCGGUCGACGUAAGGCUAGAGUUUAUUUGGUCGUGGAUCGUAGGAGACUUCCGUGCAGUUUAUGCAGCUUUUAACGUAAAAACACGCUGAACCCUGUGUCACUGUUAAAGGAAUUUGUCUCAUUUGGUCAAACACUAUGCCCCAUGUGGCUGUAAUGGCCACAUUUCGGUAUAUUAGACUCCAGGAAGUGGACAGGCCAACGGAAACGCAGAACACCCUCCUCCACCCCUUUGGGGAAACCGGUUUGAGACGGUUGUCUCUAGUUGUGGCUCAGGGUGAGAUUGGAAGCAGCAUGCAAGUUAAAGAUAAGCUAUCAAAAUGCUUCAAGGACCUUGUCUGGACAACUCCACCUAGACAUACCCUGCUCAGUAAAAAAAAAAAAAAGCACGUCUGGCUUCAAUGCACGGUGGGCAGGAUGGGGGAGCGGACCGUUGGCGGCCCUGUGGCUGCGAUCUCUCCAGUGCAGCAGAUGCUGGCCUCUGGCACUGGAGCCCUCCUCACAUCUCUAUUUGUCACACCGCUGGAUGUUGUGAAGAUAAGGCUGCAGGCUCAGCAGGCACCCUUCCACCAAGCUUUAGGCAGUGAAUCUGCUCCAUGGGUUGGCGUCCGCCGCUCUUCCAAAUGGAAGUGCUUUCUGUACUGCAAUGGAUUGAUGGAUCACAUCUACGUCUGUCAGAAUGGAACAAGUUGCUCCAACUGGUACAGAAAACCAACACAUUUCAGUGGCACUCUGGAUGCCUUUGUGAAAAUCACCCGCCAUGAAGGACUCUGGUCUCUGUGGAGUGGGCUGCCUCCAACACUGGUCAUGGCAGUUCCAGCCACAGUCAUCUACUUCACCUGCUACGACCAGCUGAGGGACUUCCUGUGGUUCGGUCUGGGUCUUCAGGGCAGCCAUGUUCCUCUUCUUGCUGGAGGUCUUGCCAGAUUGGGAGCUGUGACGGUAAUCAGCCCUCUGGAGCUGGUCAGGACCAAAAUGCAGUCCAGAAAGCUGACCUACAGCGAGCUGCAGGUGUGCAUCCGCUCGGCUGUGGCCCAGGGCGGCCUGCUGUCAAUGUGGAGGGGCUGGGGACCCACCGUUCUCAGAGAUGUGCCUUUUUCUGCUUUGUACUGGUUUAACUACGAACUGGUGAAGGCCCAGCUGUGUGAACAAUACGCAACGCCAAAGGCCAACUUUUCUAUCAGCUUUACUGCAGGAGCUGUUUCUGGAGCCAUUGCUGCUAUCCUGACGCUCCCAUUUGACGUUGUGAAGACUCGAAGGCAGAUUCGGCUGGGAGAGAUGGAGUCUCUGGGAGUUUCCAAAAAGGGAACCAUUUCCACAUGGCACAUGAUGAAGGAAAUCUGGUGUGAGUUGGGUUACAGAGGUCUCUUUGCAGGUUUCAUGCCCAGAGUGAUCAAAGUCGCCCCAGCCUGUGCUGUAAUGAUCAGCAGCUAUGAGUUCGGGAAGGCCUUCUUCCAAAAGGCGAACCUUGAUCGACAGCGGCUGGAAGUAUGAACUCUGCCAGCAGGGGGCGUUUUAUGUGGAAAACAUGCUUUCCCUUCAGACAAAACAAGAACAGGCUGGCCUGGAUCUAGUUUUUCUUUCAUAAGACAUUAAACAUGAGGAUUUCUGGUCUAUGGAAGGAUGUGCAGACUGGUUCUCCAAAAAAUAAUUGACACGCCUGAAACCUUCACUGCAAUGAGUCGUCUUACUGAGCCUGGAUCCUGAAAGACUUCAUUUUAUGCCACUUUGAGAACAUUUAUUAAACGUUGGAAGACAAGUUUCAAUGCAUAAAUGCAGAGAUUUGGGCUGAAUGUGUUGAGGCAUCUUUAAACCUGAGACCGUUACCGAGUGUGGAUGUCAGGAGUACAAAUGAAUAAAGACUGCAACUUGAUAUGUACUGUAGCAUGAACCAGAUAAACUGAAGUCGGUUUCUUUUCAGUGCAGAGUCCAGAUAAGAUCCUUCACCCCUCACUCACAUUACUACGUGAACCGUUGUCCUGUUGCAGUAAAACAUGAACAUUUUUUAGCAACCAUCUGCUGUGUAGAUGACAUAAAAAUAUUUUGAAUGCCUGUUUAAUUAUUUUUCAUAUGCAACAAAAAACCUUUGAGAAAAAAUAGAGGCAGAACAUUACAUUCAUAUGUAUAUUGGAAACAUGUCACAGUUUAUGACAUGCAACACCUUAAUUUAUGAAGAUACACACACCUCCCAAAGCAACCUUUCAAGCUAGCCGAAGAGGACUUCACAGUAGGGUUUAAUUCGUUCAGGAAAGAGCAAUAGGGCAACUGUUGCAUGAAUUUAUAUGAAUUAUUUGGAUUCAUUGAGACCUCAGGAAAUGGAUGAUUCACAUAAUGUGGUGUUCUGGUGAGUGAAUAUUUUAGCAACUGAACCUUAACGCAAGGAAAUGUCAGCCUUUAAUUGAAGGAUGUAAAUAUUCCUGUUUUAUAAGAUUGAAAUAGUAUUAAAACGUUACAACCUGA